UCCGUGUAAUAUACUGAUGAAACGGUCUCACGCAAGGAAGGAAGAGAAGAGGAGGAGAGGCGGUGAGGGAUGGAAAGGGGGCCGACGGUGGGAGAGCUGACCUCCGGGGCGAGCGGCCGAAUCAUCCCGGUGUUGAGGAACAUACGGCGGUCCGUGCCGUCGCCGGCAUCGCUCGUCCGCGUGCUCUUCUUCCUGCACUCCUUGGCCUUGCGGUUCCUCCGCCGUCGGAGCCCACUCUCAUCCAAGACUGCGGCGGCGGCGGCGGGGGGCUCUCCCCGGCAGAGGACGAGGGGAGGGGGCGGCGGGAGGUGGUGGGCGGCCGCGGAGGAGGAGGACGUGCGGCGGCGGAGGGCGCUCGCGGAGGAAGUGGAGAUGGUCCCCGAGUCGGCGGAGAGCGAAGAGGGUGGGGCAUGCCGGUGGAGGACGUUCGAUUUCGUGGGACCGAGGAGGAUGGCGCUCUUCUGCCGGUCGUGGCUGCCCGCGUCUGGGGAUCUGAGGGGCAUUACGAUGAUAAUACAUGGACUGAAUGAACAUAGUGGAAGAUACGCAUACUUUGCUAAGCAGCUAAUGGCAUGCAACUUUGGAGUAUAUGCAAUGGAUUGGAUAGGCCAUGGUGGCAGUGAUGGAUUGCAUGGAUAUGUACCUUCAUUAGAUUACGUUGUGGAGGACACUGGAAAAUUUCUAGAGAAAGUCAAAUCUGAAAAUCCUGGUGUACCUUGUUUCCUUUUUGGUCACUCCACUGGUGGAGCUGUGGUUUUAAAGGCAGCUUUGUAUCCUCAUAUUGAGGCUAUGGUAGAAGGGAUCGUACUGACAUCUCCGGCAAUCCGUGUAAAGCAAGCUCAUCCAAUAGUUGGGGCUGUGGCUCCAAUUCUUUCACUUGUGCUGCCGAAGUUCCAAUUCAAGGGAGCUAACAAAAGGCGCAUUCCUGUAUCGAGGGACCCAGCUGCGAUGUUGGCUAAAUACUCAGACCCGUUAGUUUACACUGGGCCGAUAAGAGUUCGAACAGGCCAUGAGAUCCUGCGGCUUUCUUCUUACCUGCUGCAGAACAUGAAGUCCGUCAGUGUGCCUUUCUUUGUCCUGCAUGGGACUGCCGACAGGAUCACCGAUCCACUUGCCUCGCAGGAUUUGUACAAUGUGGCUGCCUCGAGGCACAAGGAUUUAAAACUCUAUGAGGGCUUUUUGCAUGACCUUCUAUUUGAGCCCGAGCGCGACAAAGUUGGUGCAGACAUAAUUGAUUGGAUGCUGAGGAGGUUGCAGCAGCAAAGCUUAUGAAUGUGCAUGUUCUUAGGAGACAGCCAGUCGAGCACAGGAUUUGCUGGGCUAAGGAAUGCCUGGGUUGUAGUUGAUUGAAUCUAAUCCUGCAUGUUUGAUUUGUGUUUUCUCCUGAAGGCAAGGGACUGAUGUUUGUCAUAGUCAUCCAGUGUUGUAUAUGAUUUAAAUUUUAAAUAAAUGUCCUUGUAUAUUUCAAA